GAGAGAGAGAGAGAGAGAGGGAAGUACAUCAGUGCUGCUCAGUAACAUCUGAGCUGUGAGUCACUGAAGGCUGGGUCUGCAAGUCGGGAACUGUAGAGAGAGAGAGAGUCACCUGAAGAAUUAAGCUGUCUGAAAAAGUUUUCGGGUGUGCUUGUGUGUGUGAGUGUGUGAGUGUAUGAAUGUGUGCUGUGCCAGUGUGUCUACAUGCAUAAGUGUGACCCAGGCUCCCGGAGCUACUCAGAGAGGAUUAUCCCAACUCCUUCCUAGCGUUUAAAGAUGAGGGACGCCAUCGUCAGUGGCCUUCAGGACUUCUUUUAUGAGUAUGAGACUCCGCGGCAGGUACUGGUGCGGAGCAAGAGGGUGGGGAUAGUGUGCCGUCUCAUCCAGCUCGGGGUCCUGGCGUACAUCAUUGGAUGGGUGUUCAUCUAUGAGAAAGGCUACCAGAUUGAAGACUCAGCUAUCGGAUCUGUGCUAACCAAGAUGAAGGGAGUGGGCCACACAUCCGAGGAUGAGGAGGAACGGGUGUGGGACGUGGCCGACUACGUCUUCCCCGAACAGGGGGACGCGUCGUUCGUGGUGAUGACUAAUUACAUAAUCACCGAGAGGCAGAAGCAGGACAAGUGCCCGGAGCUUAACGAUGGCAAGAAUUCCUGCACCACGGACAAAGACUGUGAAGGGGGACGAUACAAACGUACGGGAAAUGGGUAUAUGACGGGGAAGUGUGUCAACAAUAAGACCUGCGAGGUGCGCGCCUGGUGCCCUGUGGAAGAUGACCGGACCAUUCCAGAUCCCCCACUGCUGAUGUCUGCUGAGAACUACACCCUCUUCAUCAAAAACUCUGUUACCUUUCCUCAGUUCGGCGUGGUCAGGAGCAAUCUGGUUGAAGGCGUGGACAGCAGUUACAUCAAGAGAUGCCUCUACCAUGAGACAAACAGUCCUCUGUGCCCCAUCUUCAAGCUGGGAGACAUAGUGAGACUCUCUGGCUUCAACUUCCAACAAAUAGCAAAAGUGGGUGGUGCGAUUGGCAUCCUCAUCGACUGGGUGUGUAAUCUGGAUUACAACAUUAAACACUGCAAGCCAAAGUACUACUUUCAUGGUCUCUAUGGUAACGCGCGUGAGACGGACAAGGCCAGGGCAUCUGUGGGCUACAACUUCAGGCACGCUAAAUACUACAUGGAGAACUCGACGGAAAUGAGAACACUCAUGAAAGUGUUUGGCAUCCGCUUCAAUGUCAUCGUUCGUGGACUGGCAAGAAAAUUUGAUAUCAUCCCAACACUUACAGCAAUUGGAUCAGGAGUAGGGAUCUUUGGAGUGGCAACCGUUGUGUGUGACCUUGUGCUGUUAUAUGUUUUGCCCAAGAGAGAUUUCUACAAGAAUAUGAAAUUCAAAUCAACAGUCAUGGAUGAUGAAACGAGCGGCAGUGGCUCAAAUGAGGGAGACGUAUCUAUGACCAACGUAGGCUCAAAAGACCCAGCUCCAAUAACGAUGAAGGAUUGACUGCCCCGCCGCUUAAAUCUUCAGCCUCGCUGCCGUGACAACUGACUGCACUGUAAGAACACAAAACACACACUGGAGUAGAUAUGCUCGCACUGGGUCAGAAGGGUCUUACAAAUGGGCAUUUGCAAGCCUGUGGACUUGACACUGUACUACAUAAAAGUCUCCCAAGAAUGAUUCCACAUCCAUGUUCAGCAGAGGGUUUUUUUUUUUUUUGUAGUAUCACAACAUUUGGGUGUGUAAUCUUUUUUGCCCAUAGACUGUCUGGGAAUCAGGUCCUGUCCCUUGUACUACACGGAUAACACAGUCUUUCACCAACAUCAUCUUUUUCUUGUCUUCAUAGUGUCUUCACUGGGCUGUUUCUGUAAUCCUACAAAUAAACACGUUUUUUUAGUGCGAUAUGUGGCUAACUCACUCUGCAUCUUCUAGUCUAGUAGGAGGAGGAGAGGACAUGUUGGGAUUAUAGGACCUCACAGUACACGACUGGUGUAAGGCCUACUGUAUGUGAUCAUUCAUUCUGAUAUGUCUAUUGGGUUGUUUGUUCAUGACAUGUGGUCAUAUGCAAGUUCUUUUGGAAUGUGUACGGUCAGGGAGUACUGUCCAUGUGACUGGUACUAACGAAAGUAAAACCACACAAGACAAAUUUGUUCUGAAAAAGGCUAUGGAGGCCCAUGUCGUUGUGAUAUCUUUUAUUGUCUUUGAUUAUGUCUAAAUGUACAAAAGCAUGCAAAAAAUAGCCUCUUUGUAUAUAUCGGUACAUAUUUACAUUGUAACAGUUGCAUUCUCCAUUUUUUUUUUUUUUUUCGUGUGUAUGUCAUGCUUUGUUUUUUCGUGUGUGAGAAAUGUACAUUCAGAUUAGGCAGAAGAGCACAGACAGCCAUUGAACAUACAUCUUAGACAGGCACUAAAACACAGACAGAGGGACGGAUCUAAUGGGCGCCGUGCUGUCGGGGCUACAUGCUGUACAAUCUCACUGUUGUCUCACUAAGCCCUUUAGCUGGAUAUUCACAACUGAAACAGAUAGAGUGCCACCCAUGUCAUUGGAGUUAAUUAGAGACAAGAGUACCUCAGUGAUGACUGACAUUGUCCCUGUGAAAGUUUACUGCCUACAGUAGUUAUACCUGCAUUUGUGUUUGUUUUGUUGUUGUUGUUGUUUUGUUUUUGUUUUUUUCCCUUAGAAUGUAAGGUCCCAUUCUGCUGUUGGGAGCUAUCGGAUUGACUGUGUGAAAAGAAAAAUGAAUGUUGAAUAAAUAUGCUGAAGACAAG